UUGAUGAUGCUGCAAUGACCUCACAAGUGGAGGUCAUUGCCCCCAGCCCCACCCCCAGCAUCCUCAAAGCUGGGCAGAGGAACCAGAGGGAAAAUCCACCUUCCCGGGCACAGCGGUACCAUCCACCUCAGUCGACUGCUUGUCAAGUUCACCACCAACACAGAGGGGGCUCAGACAAUCAAGAAACAAUGUCAAGUGAUGAUAAAAGUCAAUCAAAUGAGCCCAAGAAUGAGCCCAAGAAUGAGCCCAAGAACUGCAAUCCCAAAUGUGAACAGAAGUGCGAUUCCAAAUGCCAGCCCAGCUGUUUAAAGAAGCUGCUGCUACGCUGCUCUGAGAAGUGCCCACGGGAAAAGUGUCUGCCACCAACCAAGUGCCCGCCCUGCCCCUCACAGUCCCCUUCAUCCUGCUCUCCCAAGCCCUGUGCCAAGCCCUGUCCUCUUAAAUGCCCUCCUCCCUGCCCGCCUCCCUGCCCUCCCCCAGAGUGAGGCACUGUGGGCAUCACCCCAUCCCACCGCCACUGCCACCUCCACUAUGUACAAUGUGUGGGGCUGGGAACUGAAGCCAUGAACUGACAAGUAAACGUGUUCCUCUGCUGUGCAAGACUU